UCUAUUGCCGCUUUAUUGUUCCCCUCUUUCGAUAUACGUGUAAUGCUAUGAUGAUUGUAGCUAGCCAAUUGGUACGUUAAGCGUGUGGCCCAGCACGGGGCUUUCAGUCAUAGCGAGUUAGCUAGCGUUACCUUUUGUUUUGACAAUGCUAGCCAGCGAAGCUAGCGUUAGCUUAAUAUGUACCUAGCUAACUUGUUGUCUGGCGAGUUUGUUGCAUUUACAUGCAUACGCUAAGUAGCUAAGUAGGUUAGACAACCAUGCUGAUAUAAGCACAUAAAACUUGAUGCCUACUGAGUCGUUUUACCACGGAGCUAGCUAGUUCCUGAGCUAACUUUCAUCAACUUUGCUAACAUUAGCUAGCUGCCGGGAACGUUAGCUAGCCUUGCGAUAAAAAAAGAUGGCUACGACUAGCUAGGUUACGUUAGCGAGCUAGUUCGGUCUUUUCGUUGUAUUUUUUAUUUGAUAGCGUUACGUUAACGUAUUGGAGCCAGCUUACUGGAAUAGCCUAGUCGUGUUUCUUCUGAAAAUGUUUGCUAGCUCGCUAACGUUAACUAAAUCGUGUAGCAAACGUUUACUUACGCGCUGGUGUUUUUGCAUACAAGCUAACGUAGUUUGCUGUAUUUUUCUAUAGAUAGCAAUUGAUGGCUAGCAUAUCACAUGUUUACCAUUUCACCGGAUCCUAGCUAGCGAACUUCGUGUUCUCUGUGCACAUGGGAGUACAAACUCGCCAAAUAAUAUACACACCUGGCUAUCUUGCUAACUUAGCAGGUAGCGGCAGUCAAACUGAAUACGCGUCUAAUCCUUAACUUGCAUGCUCGGACAAGCGAUGAUCUGACAACUGGUAUGUGACCAUCUUGCUAGCUAUCUAGUCUAACAAACGUUAUGCAUCCAUCGUUUGCUCGUCAGCGAGCUAAACUAAAUCCAGUGAAUCUAGUUUUUCAGCGUGAAUUGCGCCUUGCUGGUCGAGUUAAGUGAACAAACUGCGAAACGUGACACAACCAGCUAACCUAAAAGUUUAACAACAAAAAAUUACGUUAAACAAUGUCAUGUUUCCUCAUUAGCUAACGUUAGAGUGUUAAUGUAGUAGACGGAAGAAAAUUGUGACAACGAUGGAAAUUGAUUGAUUGAUGUUAAAUAUAUCCUAUGCAAGUUAUAUCUCUUGAAAAUUACGAGCUAGCUAACGUUAGUCACUUGAGGUUUGGGCAUACGACGUUUGCCCGCUUCUGACGUGUUUAAUUCAUGUUCAACUGUCAGAAAUGACAGUUGGCGGUAAGUCACCUGUGUGCUUUCUCGAUGCGUCGGUGUAUCUGAUUAGAAUUGACAAACCUCUUCGCAUCUAGCCUAAUCUCACCAAACUACCCGUAAAAACUUGUUUCACCCCUGUCGUCUACUUUCUUCCAAAAGCGCGAUGCCGAAUUUACUGUUUAAAAAAAAAUAUUUUAUUUUUUAUUCCCUCUGUUUUAAUGUUCUGGAUCGGCGAUGGCAUGGUGUGAUGAUGGCUGAUAUCUGGCAUUUCAGGCUCUAAAGCGACAUUGUGAAACAUUUGGCAUUUCUUUACAAUUACAAACAUGGAAAUUAAAACCAGUUUAUGAAUUGUGCAGGGACUCCCUUCCUUGACUGCUGCCGUCUCGGGUUGCAUGUAUGCAUGUACUUUAAUCUAUUAUUAUCGAGUCAUAUGCACCCGUAAAACAUCUGGAAUCAACCCAUGCACAAGAUGCUUUGGAGUUAAGUGUUUUUCUCUCUCACCGAAACCAUGGGUCCCAGAAUAUCCCUAUACCAGCCAUUGUGAGGAUAGGUGGUCAGAAACCUCUGUAAACAUGUCAUUCCAUGCAAAAAGAUGAACCUACAGUAAAACUGGGAGAGAAAAAUUACCCAAAGUGUAGAGCAUUCAUGGUGUGGCCGUAGGUAAAGCAGCCAUUUACCCUGUUUCUUAUACAAACAUAAACCUUUUGCGAUGGUGUCCUGCAGAAACUAAAUUUCCAAUUCACUCUCAUUGGCACAAUUGUCAGAUGUUUGUGCAUGUAGAAAUUACCAUCACCGUUACACUGGCAAUAAACAAAAAUAAAUGUACACAGUACAAACCACAGGUCUCCAUACAGUUCUCUGUACUGGUGCCAAAUCCUGCGAUGCGGCCCGUCUGUGCGAUACAUUUCCUGAUUGCCAUCUUUGCAGAAAAUAUGAAAUAAAUUUGCAAGUGAAGGUGGCUCCAUUAGUCCAAUGAAGUGGCAAAAGGUAUAGGCAUAUCUGUAUGGUCAGUGUUUUAUUACAACCUCCUUCUACAUCCAAUGUGCGGAGGAAGUUUAACUGCAGUCAUUUAGGUUUUGGUGGGAAUUCUCAUUCCUAUUAAUGCCAAGCUAUUUUUAGGCAGGCAGAACUGUGUACAGAUUUAUGGACCACCAUGUCUAGAUCUUUUUAGAUCAAUAAAGAGAAGAACAUCAAAGUUUGCAUGAGGAGUCAUUGGAAGUUUUAGCAUGUGUUGAAUGAGUUUGCAGAUGGAAGUUGGUCAAGGCCACUGUGUUAUGCCAUAACAAAAAUGCAACAAUAUGUAUCGUAACAUUUUGUACAGUGAUAGUUAUAAUUCCCAGCGUCACAAAUGCCUGGUCCUGAAAUAAAGUAUUUUUGGUGGUGCUUGUCAAGAAUUACUGCCAAUGUAAAUGUUGUUUGCUCUGCUUUUUAGGCCUCCUCCUAUGGUUUAAAUGGUGUUUUCUGGACAUUGUAUGCCUGGUUAGUUUAGUAUACAGAUACAGGAAACCCAGAAAAUACCCUUACAAUGAGAGUUUUCAUCCUAUUCCACUUAAAAAGAAUCUUCCCAUAAGUUGGUUCAAGAGAAUACAGAGGAUUUGCUGUUCCGACGACCACUACAAGGGGCCACAGACCUCAAGAUUCUCCUUAAUGUGUGGGAAAUAAGGGUCUUCUGAGUGUCGAUCUUCACCAAAAGGGCCAAAACGGGUACCAACUGACCCAAGGGAGUUGCCACAAGUAACAGGACCAACCUUGACCCAAGGCAAGGAGUUAUUCGCCAUAAGAAAGAGGACCAACACCGACGGAGGCAAGGAGCGUUACCGGAAAACAGGGAAUAGUCUGUUCUUAUGGCAGAGUUUGAAGUAGAGUGCAUAACAUCAGGACUCAGCACACUAGCAUCCGAAUGUGGCACGCCAACACUUCACACUCUGCCUUCCGAGUGCGUGAUCCCACCUCUCGACACCAUGGCCUCCGAGAGCGUCACGCCGGCUCUCAACACGCUGCCAUCCGAGGUGGCGGAGCCAAUGGUCAUGCUGCCCUGCGUGAAAAGCGAACCAGACUUGGACACCAUUCGCACGGUGGACCUCUCCGAGAUCCAGCCACUCAGUACUGCUGCGCUCGGCUUGGAGCAAAUCAAAAUGGAGAUCAGCGGCCUGGAUUACAUCAAGUCUGAGCAUCACUCAGACCUCUACUCCUUCCACAGCGCCGACCUAGACUCGUACAAGGCGCAGUACGAGCCAAGUCUCGUGUUCGAUUACAUCACGCACGUGUCCGACAGUCUCGAAUACAUCAAGUCAGAGCAGCAUACUGACCUUCAGUAUUACUAUACCACGGAGCUGGGCUCCAUUAAAACGGAGUAUGAGCCCAACUUGAUAUCCAGUCACAUCAAAACGGAAAUGAACGGCCUGGAAUCCAUUCACAUGGCUGAGCUCCGUUCUGAACUGCACAAGCUAAGGCCGGAGAGUGCCAUAGACGGCAUGGGCAAAUUGGACUCCGACUUCACGGCUGGCAGCCUGUACGAGCUACAGUCGGCCCAAGUGGGGAAGGGGUCGGUCGGACCAAGCCAGACAGGGGAGAAGGCCUUACCGCCUCGCAAACCACGCAACCUUACCGGCGAGAAGCCCUUCUCUUGCACCCAGUGUGCGAAGAACUUCAGCACUUUGGGGAACCUUAAAACCCACCAGCGCAUCCACACGGGGGAGAGGCCGUACACGUGCUCUCAGUGCGGAAAGAGUUUCGGGCAGGCGGGAAAUCUGAAGAGGCACCAGCUCAUCCACACGGGACAGCGGCCUUACAGCUGCACACACUGUUCCAAGGGAUUCACGAAGGCGGACGACCUGAGAUCUCAUCAGAGGAUCCACACCGGAGAGAAGCCCUUUUGUUGCACGCAGUGCGGGAAGAGCUUCAGCCAGUCGAAAGAACUCAAAUCCCACCAGACCAGUCACACCGGGGACCGCGGCUUCUGCUGUCCCGACUGCGGGAAAACCUUCACAAAGGAGGUGAGCUUUCGUUCCCACCAGCAGGGCCACACCGGGACCAAGGUGCACUACUGCGGCCAGUGCGGCAAGUCUUUCAGCAAUUCAGGAGUCCUAAAAACCCACGAGAAGAUCCACUCAGGGGAGAGACCUUUCGCCUGCACUCACUGCGGUAAAAGCUUUGGCCGUUUAGGACACCUUAAAGCACACCAGCAGAUCCACACAGGGGAGCGGCCGUACUGCUGCUCCGAGUGUGGAAAGAGCUUCAGCCAGUCAGGGCACCUUAAAGCACAUGAACAGAUACACAAGAGAGAAACGCCCGGCAGUAGUAACAGCAGUCUUAGCGAUAGUAGUUAGACAAUGUUUAUCCCUCCUUUUUCUUUAUAAGUAUUAUAUAUGUCAGUUUCCUUAUGUUUUCAUAUUUUCAUGCCUUUUGUGUUCUGGGUCCAGCCGCGGCUGUCUGUUGGGAGCCGCAGCAGAGAGAAGGUAUUGAGGAUGGAAGUGUUUUUUCACGUCUCCCGUUUUGUAUCCCUGUCACUUAAGUGAUCGCUCAUCGUGUACACGCACAUCGAUAAUCUGUAAAUCCUAAACCAUGUAAUGGAAAGACUUAUUAAAGAAACUAACACAAA